GGGCACGGGCGGCCGCAAGGACGGGGCUCCUCGGCGCCCUUCGCCAGCGGCCGCCGCCCCCUCACCCCCCGUGCUCACCGCACUGCGAUCCCGCCCUUCCCCCGCGGCCGCGGCCGCCCCUUCCGUCCCUCAGCCUGGUGUGCGGACUGGAGAUGCGGAAACCAUGUAGCAGAAUCCUCUGAGCAGUUGUGAAUUAUCAGUCUCUCCCAAGAGCAAUAUAAAGUGAAGAAUGAAGGCGACUGGAUUUAUUUCUCUGUGGACGUUGGUUUCAUUGCCUUGUGGGCAGUUAGCAAAUCCUGCAGAACAUGAAGAUGUGGUAAAGCAUGCAAUAAAGCUGCACCGUGGAAAAGGAGCUGUUAUCACUCAGAGAAAGCAGUGGGUGUUGGAAAGUUGCAGAAAACUGUCUGGUCUUCUUCGCCAAAAGAACGUUGUUCUCAACAAACUGAAAAAUGCCAUAAGAGCAGUUGAGAAGGAUGUAGGGCUGUCUGAUGAAGAGAAACUUUUUCAGGUGCACACCUUUGAAAUUUUCCAAAAGGAGCUAAAUGAAAGUGAAAACUCUGUCUUUCAGGCAAUUCAUGGCCUCCAGAGAGCUCUACAGGGUGAUUACAAAGAUGUUGUAAACAUGAAAGAAAGCAGUAGACAGAGGCUGGAAGCCUUGAGAGAAGCUGCAAUUAAGGAAGAAAUGGAAUACGUCGAACUCUUAGCAGCUGAAAAACACCAGGUUGAAGCCCUUAAGAACAUGCAGCAUCAAAACAAAAGCCUGUCAAUGCUUGAUGAAAUUCUGGAAGAUGUCAGGAAGGCAGCGGAUAGAUUGGAAGAGGAAAUAGAAGAACAUGCCUUUGAUGACAACAAAUCUGUAAGAGGUGUAAACUUUGAAGCAGUUUUAAGGGUGGAAGAAGAUGAAGCCAACUCCAAAAGAAAUGCUUCAAAAAGAGAAGUAGAGGAUGACUUAGGUCUUAGUAUGCUUAUUGAUUCCCAGAACAAUCAGUAUAUCCUUACCAAACCCAGAGACUCAACCAUUCCUCGUGCUGAUCAUCAUUUCAUAAAGGAUAUUGUGACAAUAGGAAUGUUGUCUUUGCCAUGUGGCUGGCUGUGCACAACAAUAGGAUUGCCAACCAUGUUUGGAUAUAUCAUCUGCGGAGUACUCUUAGGACCCUCAGGAUUAAACAGUAUCAAGUCUAUUGUACAGGUGGAGACGUUAGGAGAGUUUGGUGUGUUCUUCACCCUCUUUCUAGUUGGUCUGGAAUUUUCUCCUGAAAGAUUAAGAAAGGUAUGGAAAAUAUCUUUGCAAGGACCUUGCUACAUGACAGUUCUGAUGAUUGCCUUUGGUUUACUAUGGGGGCACUUGCUCCAAAUUAGACCAACACAGAGCGUCUUCAUUUCCACUUGUUUAUCUUUAUCAAGCACACCACUGGUGUCGAGGUUCCUUGCAGGUAGUGUUCGAGGAGAUAAAGAAGGGGAUAUUGACUACAGCAGCGUACUGCUUGGCAUGUUGGUGAUGCAGGAUGUGCAGCUUGGUUUAUUUAUAGCUGUCAUGCCUACACUUAUUCAAGCAGGAGUGAGCACACAUUCCAGCAUUUUCAAGGAAAUACUGAGAAUACUGAUACUGAUUGGCCAAAUUCUCUUUUCUUUGGCUGCUGUUUUUCUUCUAUGUCUUGUUAUAAAGACUUAUCUCAUAGGACCGUAUUAUCGCAAGUUGCAUGCAGAAAGCAAAGGGAAUAAAGAAAUCCUCAUUCUAGGAAUAACUGCAUUCACCUUCCUUAUGUUAACGCCCUCUGAAAAACUAUACUGCUGGAGAACAGAAUGUGACAGUUGCUGAUAAUGUUGUGGGUUUGAAACUCCAUUAUCCUGAAUGUGCAGAUUAUGUCCUCUGAGAAUAAUUAAGCCAAAAAAUUCCUCUGCCUGUACCUUUUUUCUAGGGGUGUUAGCUUAGUUACUGCAGUUCAACAGGGAAAGCUGACCUCCUUCAGAAAGGUCAAAAAGAAGGUAGUGAGAGCAUAGCUUUACAGUUUUUGACUUCUGUUGUACAGGUUAAAAAUGCCAUUGCUCCAAACAGCUAUUCAUAUUCCAAGUGUGUCAUCUAAUAAGAGAAGGUACAAAACUAGUUUUUACUUUUUACUUUCUAACAAGCAGACAUUACAUUCAUAGAACAACUUCAAUAAAAAACAGCAACCAAACCACAAAAGUUGCAUAAAGUAUGAUGAUAUCUAGAAGCAGUUUUACUUUCAUUAAGAAUAUGACCUACAUAGUCUGGUGAUUGAAUUGGGUGUAUUGUACCAAAAUUGCCUGUCAAAUGAACAAGGAGCUUGUCUAUAUGACUUUACAUAACACAGGUGGGUACACAAACAUGGGGGGAGAAUAUGUUUGAGUGUGUUGGAUUUAUACUGCAAAACCGAAAUGCUUCUUCAGCAUUGUCAAAAAUUUUCCUGUUAGAGUUGAUAAAUAAUGUAUCAAAGGGAACAGUACAAAGGAUACUGCAGGUAACCUCAGUAAACCAGUUGAGAUGCUUGAUAUUCACUGACACAGUUACAUUCAUUAUAGUAAUGCUACAACUUGUGGUUUAAACACACCGAAAAAAAAAUAUUUGGUUGUCUAGUUGAACAGAUCAACAAACAAAUCUUCUGGAAAACAAAUCUUUUUAUUUGUAUAGGUGCCCCUACUAUGUCAGGAAUAAAAACAUAGGAUGGGGGAUGGCAAUCUAAUUUGUUGCAUGUCUCUGGAAAGGAUAAAUUAAAGUUUUUGGUGCUAGGAAGAAACAAAUUAAACUCUAGUGGUUCCUGCAAAUAUCUUUUUCCUGGGAAAACUAAGCCUAAAUAUUAAAGGAGUUGAUAUAAUUAGUCUGCAAACACAGAAUUUUCUAUGCUGGUGUAAUUGUAAAAAAGCUUUUGAAUUUGUAGAAGAGAAAUAAGAGAGUGCCUUUUUUUUUGUGGCCUUGACCAAAGACAGCUUCAUUUAGAAAAUCUGAGAGAUGACUGUAAAUAACAUAUUUUAACUGACUGUCUAACAUGCAGGUUACUCUGCAGGCCAGAUUCUUUACAAUACAUGACAAAGAGGGUAGGAAUGAUACAUUAUUCCUGCUUCAUGCAUAUAGUUACUUAUUAUGUGCCUCAGUGAUGACUGGAAUUUUGGAGCCAUCUAAUUUUAUUCUGUAUUUGGAUUAAUCUGUAACACUAGCACAUGUAAUGCACAUUAUAUAUAAACUUAUUUUAUUUUACUUGUUUCCUAUGUUUGAAAAAUCUCCCAUGACUAAUUUAGCAGGAAUUGUCAUUUCCCUACCAAUAAGGGCAAAUUCUGUAAGGGAAAACAAGAGGGAAUAUAGGACAGAAGAGGUUCCUAUACUACAGUGUGAGUAAGCAAUUUUGAUGUAAGGAUUAUCCUGUCAGUUGAGGAGCUUCCUGUGUGGUGGUGGCUUUUGAGCAUUUCUGAACUGCUUGGCUGACUUGGAUAACAUUGCAACUCAUUACAUCUGAAACAGGGUCUUAAAUACAUCUCUUGGCAAACUAAGUUAAAGCAGUGCAUCUCAAAUAUGAGAUAUUUUACUAAGACUUGGAGCUUAAGAUACCUCUUUAUAUUCCCAGUGUUCUCAGAAAUAAUUGGAAUUCCCUUCCCUUUUGUCUCUCAACUAGUUAGGCAGAUCAGGUGUGGGGGGAGUUUGUGUCAAGUGCCAGUCCUAUAAAAGUAUAGCUGAGAGAGACAGUUGCCCAUCUUUGUUACUGAUGGCAAGGUACAUGAUUCAAAGGUUUAGUAGAUCAUUAUUACACUUUCAGCAUCUCCUUUUGAAGUUUUUGAGUUGUGCAGAUAGUGGUUGGUGGUUUGUUUUAACUGGGAAACUGUUCUGAAUCGCAACAUAAAGAGCAAAUCUUGCUUAUGGUUUUAAAUGCGACCAUUCAGAACCCAUGGCUCGACUUGUACUUUUAGGUUGAGGUAUUUACCCCAAUGAGCUGAAGAGUAUGUCAGCCAGAGCAGUCACUGGAGUAAUGUUCCUUUCUCAUGUUCUCUAUGCACAGAAACAUUACAACGAAAAUUGUGCAAAUGGAGGGAAAUUGCUUUAUGUACCAAAAAGACAAAAAAAAAUAUAGCUGUGUUAUUACAGUACUUUACGUAUGAAAAUGUGCAUAUUUUUUUCCUGCAGUGUCUUAGGAAUAUCAUUAUUAAUAUUGGGAAUAUCAUUCCUUGCUUGCUUGGAGUACUUCUCAAUGGCUCAUAACCUGCUUAUGAACUCUUUUCUGUCAAUUAGAAGGAGAAGAUUAAGGAAGAACUUUAAUCUCAAAUAUUCUAGUUAAUUAUUUCAUAAAAUGUAAUUGAGAUGGAGUUUUUUCAGGGUUCACUAAAAAUUGUUUCCAUUUCCAUUACAGCUUUACUUUCUUAAAAUGCAAGCUUAGAAUUCACCUCUUUACUCUUAAACGGGUUUAAGUUACUAAAACCUGAAAUUCUAAUACCUUUAUUUCUAUCAAGAUUUUCUUAAAUUUUACUGGCUUACCAUAUUCAUUAAGGUUCUAUGAUGAUUAAAGAGUAGCAACAAGAUAGACACUCUUAGAGCAUAUGAGCAAAACAACUGCUGAACAGAUGGUCGAGAUUCAACUGGAACAUGUUACAGCAGUAAUGUUUAUUUCUUUAUUUAUUGCUGUGAUAGAACAUUUGAACAUAAAAAUCUAAUAUUCUAGUGAAAGCAAAGCAAUCCUUUCUGAAUUAGAGUAAAAGGGGACCUUGGAAAACAACUGAAAACUAAGUUUUACUGGGGAGAAAACAUGGAAAUUCACAAAACUUUUCAUGUAAUUUUGACUGAAAAAGCUUUCUGUAAUGUAAGUGUUGAGAAAAGGACAGUGCAAAGCACAGAGAUUAGCAAUCAUCAGAGCCCUGUUUGGUAAAAGGGAAACAUUAAAAGUGAUGCAAGCACAGAGGGAAUUCUAAAAGUGAAAUACUUUCCAAAUUUUUCUUAUGUAAGAAAUUCUGCUGAGAAUGCCUUUCUGCCAGUAAAACAAACCCUCUCUAGUAUGUCUGUGCAUGUGCGCCCAUACAUUAUACGUGAUAAACCCUGAUGCUACAGUUUUAGCUGAGGAAGUGUGCCUACUUACUGAUAAUAAAUUACUGGUCAACUAGAGAACAAGAUGGGAAUUGUAAAAGGAGUCUCUGUAUAAAUCUACAUAUAAAUCUGAGGAACAGACUGGGGGAGGGGAGAUAGGGUUAAGAAAAUUAUGUAAUUGUUGGUUCUUUUCUUGUGCUCUCAUCCACUGCACACUUUCAGUGUGUAGAGUGACAUGUAGAUUUUGUAGACCUGAAGCUGUGUAGUACCCAGAGACUAAACAAGAAAUAGUAAAAUUUGCCUAUUAUUCUACCAGGCCUUCGAGCAUGUACUUGAUUUGCCACAGAGUGAAGGAAUGUAAUUCAGAUUUUAUGCUGUGGGAGCAAACUCCCAGAUAGACAUACGGUUUGCUCCAGUUAUGUCUCAUGCUUUCUGAAGAAACAUGUUUCUUUCAUAGAAUCAUAGAAUCAACUGGGCUGCAAAAGACCUCUGAGAUCAUCAAGUGCAACUCUCAAAUUGUUCCUUGCUUGAAGAGUGAUUCUCAUAACAGUACACUGUCAUGCAAUUCUGGUACAAGAGAUGCUAGAUCUCUUCUUUUAUGGUAACAUAAUCACGUAUAUGGGAAUACUUGAAAUAUUAGCUAUGUGACUUUGAAAACAACUAAUGUGUGACUGAGAACAACUUAAGUGUUCCCUAUUCAUAACUGUUUCCUUUAUUUUACUCAUCUCUUGGUAAUUUUAAAGCCUUUCAUGUAUAUAUUGCCUUCUUCUCUCCUACAAUUUCAAAUUGUUGUGACGAGCACUGAAAUUCCUUUUGUUUUAAAAUGAGAAUAACAUCAUAAUGUUUUGUUCGUUCUGCCUGAUCAGCAACUACUGAUAUUAGUUGACAGAACAAUUUUUUUCCUUA